CGUAUGGCAGCCGAACAGUGGUGUCCCGCGAAUAUCCAUAUUUUUGUAUAUUCCGGAGUGAUUCACGAUUGAUAAUGGAAGUAUAGUGCCUCCAUCUCCCCCCUUGCAAAUGUAUAAAUAAUAUCCAGCCGUUUGGAUGAAUUAAUUAUCGAACUGGUGACUGAGUGCCUAUUUUCGUGUGGAAAAUAUGUGACGAGGGGUUUGAGGUUAUAUUUACAAUCAAAAUCGAGUGAUCUCCAGUUAAUAUCGACCGCAGGGACUGGGACCCACUGGACAACAGAGACCACAGGGCAACCAUGGUGCAAUGGAGAAACUGUAGAAUCAGGAACAUGUGACGUUAUUCGAGAAAAAUAAAUACGCAAUAAUAUUCAGAAAUUAAAUAUGCCAAGAUCGGACAUCAAGUAUGAAAUCGCGAGGAACGACCCGGACACGACGGAGUAUUAUCUCCAGCAUGCGGAGGAUCACCAGGCGACGACUAAAGGGGGAAAAACAUUGGGACGAACAAUUGCUGUUUCUCUUGUUUUAAUUGGAUUUUAUUUCGUCCUAUCCGUAGGACUCACGUUUUUUCAGCAAUGGUUCAAUCACAAAUACCAUUAUCCUCUCUCGACUGUGUUAUGCCACCUGAUCAUCAAGUGGUCUCUCUCCGCUGUCAUCAAGAAUUUCCUGAGAUGCUUGAACUCCAGGAGCCAUCAGCAAAUGCGCCCAACGUGGCCCAGCAUUGUCUCGACACUUGCUCCACCUGGAAUCGCCAGCGGAUUGGACAUUGGGCUCUCCAACUGGGCGAUCUCCAUGAUCACCGUGUCCCUAUACACAAUGACUAAAUCUACAGCGAUUAUCUUCAUCCUCGGAUUUUCUCUGCUUUUUCAUCUGGAGAGAAAGUCCUGGUCACUCGUUGGAGUAGUUGCCAUGAUAUCCACCGGAUUAAUAAUGUUUACGUAUAAAUCCACCCAAUUUCAACUCCUCGGCUUCCUCCUGUGCCUGGCCGCCUCCUUCCUGAGUGGAAUUCGCUGGACCAUGGCCCAGUUGAUCAUGCAGAAGUCCAAACUCGGCCUGAACAACCCCAUCGACAUGAUUUAUUACAUGCAGCCUUGGAUGUUCAUUGCCAUUUUUCCACUUGUCAUGUGGUUCGAGAGUGGAAAGCUGUACUCAGAGCUGCACUCUGCUGAUUGGAGCCAGUCCGGACUCGUCACUUGGACGAUAAUGGCUGUCUUGGGAGGUGCCAUAUUAGCAUUUAUUAUGGAAAUUGCUGAGUAUAUGGUUGUUACACAUACAUCUAGUCUUACUCUCUCGAUCUCCAAUAUUGUUAAGGAAUUGUGUACCGUCGUAUUAGCUGUUGAAUUUAAAGGCGAUGAGAUGAGUGGCCUGAAUGCUAUAGGUCUAUUGGUGUGUCUCGGUGGCAUAACACUUCACGUCAUACAAAAAAUACUACUUCAUAAGAAACAAAUGUCUGACAAUCUCGAGUUACAUUCCAAUUCAGUCACAAGUAAUACCUCAACAUUCGAAGAUACGGGUGGAACAAAUGUGCCAUUGUUGAAUGAAAAAUCAACAUCAUUGACGAAUUUGUUGAGUUCGAAUUUCAGCACAGAUGAUGAAGAUGAUUUCAAGGACAAAGACAAUAACAGUGAUGUACUUUUUGAUAUAUUGCAACGGAGAGAACAGUCAUAGAGUUGGCUUUUAUCAUUCGACUAACGGAUAUUUAUUUUGUUAUCAUUUUAGUAAUGUGUAUACGUAUGUAGUUGCUUUUUGUCAAUUACUCGUACCACUGUAUCCAUUUAAAAUUAUGUAUAAAAGCCUUCCAAUUUGUUUUUCAACGCUCGAACAGAAGCGAGAGCAUUUCUUUUCUACUUUAUUUACUUUUAUUACUGAAUUACGCACAACAGUUGAUGUUUUCGAAAUAGUCAUCGAAGGAAUUUUUGUAAUUUUUCUUCAGUAAUCCUCAGUGAUCGUAGAAUCACUUGUUCAUAAUUUUUAUCUAAUUCAUUGGUCGAUGCAUUCAACAUAUGUAUGUAAAAUGUGUAAUUAAAUAAACGAAAUACGUCUCUUA